CAGCCCCCUGGGCGUGAACACAUAGCUUCUUGUUCACCAGGAAACCACACCGGCGCACACUUCCCAAAAAUCCUGUAGAAAGUAGUCGUUCAAGUGGACACACUUCCUUCUGACAGCAAAAACAUGGCCACAGUUCGAAAGAUAAUUCAUACAGACACCGCUCCCGCAGCUAUUGGACCAUACAGCCAGGCGGUGGUGGUGGACCGCACCAUGUACAUCUCCGGCCAGCUGGGGCUAGACACUGCAUCAGGACAGCUGGUGGAGGGAGGGGUCCAGGCCCAGGCCAAAAAGGCUUUGGACAACAUGGGGCAGAUUCUGAAGGCAGCUGGGUGUGACUAUGGAAAUGUUGUCAAGACGACUGUUCUCUUGGCUGACAUGAAUGACUUCAACAGUGUCAAUGAAGUUUAUAAACACUAUUUCAGCAGUAACUAUCCAGCCAGGGCCGCCUAUCAGGUCGCAGCUCUGCCAAGGGGUGGCCUUGUGGAGAUCGAGGCAGUGGCUGCCGUGGGAACCAUCACCGACGCCUCCUGACUAGCUGGCCACAACAAGCACAAGUUGUAAAGAACACCCCCCAAACUGACACCAGAACUCCUGGAAGAUUGAAUAAGUGCAAUUAGUCUUGAACUGAAAGGAACACCGGAUAUUGCCAGUAGAUGAGUGUUGUAAGCGAACAUGCCAAUGUUUGGCCUUCAUCAUACGCUGUUUUUUAUAUAAACGCCAAGCCUGAUAAUGUUGACCAUA